AUGGGGUUGUGGGGCAGACGCGGCGGGAAGCCCAGGCCCCGGGACAAAGUGCGUGCAUCUCGCAGCAGUUCCUACAGCGAUGACUACCGCAUCACGCCCGAGCUGACGCAGACCGACAUUUACAAGCAUGGGGAACGCGUGGAGGCUGAGUGUUGCUGGCAGGAUGGUGACUGCUGCCACGAGCAGGGGCCGUGCUGCUCGCAGGACGAGCGUUGCUGCCUUCCUACUAAUCCCCAACGCAGCCCCAGGCGCGGCCGCAGCACCUCGGCGGGGUCGAGACGGUCGUCCUUCGGCGGCGUGGAGGUGGUGAUGGUGAAUGACAGGCACGUGGACUUGCGACGAACUCCAUCCUGCACGUCCUGUGAAUCAUGUGACACAUGCAGGUGGACGUCUUCCACGAUCACAAGAAUCCCACUCAAGAACCACCUCUUCACCUCGCCCUUGCUGUCCCAUCACGACCAGUCCCCUUCGCCGCCAAGGGGCCUCGCAGGCCGCCGCUAUAACAAAAAGGAGACUAACGGACGGCACUCUGAGGCCGCCCCAAAGGAAAGGGGUUCCCGCCAGGCAGGGGCGUCACCGUCUCGGAGACAGACGUCUCGUAACACUACUACCUCUAACCCCAGCGUCCAAAGGUCGAACAGCAACUCUACUGCGGCAAUUGCGGCUCGCCGCGACGCGGAGCAAAAGCGACUCAGUCGUCGGGACCUGCAAAGGUUUCCCCAGCAGCGCAAGCAGUCAGGUCCAGGGCGGAUGGAGGCCAAGGCGUCCCGACUCGCUACUCAGUCUGACACUGACCUCAGCCCAGACCACACCCAGGUAGAGGAAAGAGGAGUUCCCGCCACAGGAGACGAGGACGGUGAGAACUACGAAAGCAGGGAAGGCAGAGGAGGAGGAGGCGGCAGUGGCGGAGGCGUCAAUAACAACAAAAUUAAGAAUGACGGUGGGGGGAGGAAAAGGAACAGUCCCGCCAGUGGUGCCGCCACACAAGCCUCACCUGUGUCAAAGGCCGCCGUCUCCCUCACUCUCAGCAAGCGAGACCUGCUGAACCAGAUGGUUAACCAAACGAAACAGCACCGUCAGCAGAUCAGAUGCCUAGAGAGUGAACUGGAAAGGCUGAGGUCCGGGGACGCUCUGAGCCGCUGUGAGCUGAACGCCACCGACGUGGAGUGGCGCCCCGGGAACGUGGUGGGCGAGGGUUCCUUCUCUACCGUGUACAAAGGCGCUUACUGCGGCAUAGACGUCGCUGUGAAGGAACUCAAGUUUAAACUCUCGCAGGACGACAAGAAUUACUUUCGGUCCGAGGCGGCUCUCCUGCAGCAGUUGCACCACCCCCGCGUCGUGCUGCUGAUGGGGGUGUGCACCACAACGGCGCGGCCCUUCAUGGUGCUGGAGUACCUGUCUGGGGGCACGCUGCACAGCUUCGUCCAUAACCCUGAACGCGAUCCUCUCGACCACGCCGCAUACUUCGCCGUGGCGCGCGACGUGGCUCAGGGAAUGAACUACCUACAUAGACAUGAGCCUCAGGUAUUGCACCUCGACCUGAAGUCCAUGAACGUGUUGCUGGACGCUUACUUCCGCGCCAAGAUUGCUGACUUCGGGUUCUCCAUUCUGCGGCGAUCGCGGUCCGGCUCCCCAGCACAGCGCGGCUCCAUCAGAGGCACCCCGGCCUGGAUGGCACCAGAGUUGCUGACGAAGGGAGACGUGUCCACUAAGUGUGACGUGUACAGCUACGCAAUCAUCCUCUGGGAGAUGCUCUCCACCAGCCACCCCUUUAAAGGCCUUGAUAUUUUCCAGAUCAUGGAAACCAUUGAGGCUGGGGGACGUCCGCCGCUGCCGUCGGGAGGAGUGUCGCCCGAACUGAAGGAGCUCAUCACCUCCUGCUGGGCACAGAACCCUUCCCUCAGACCAAGCUUCGAGGAAAUCCUUGGUGCUCUGGACGCGGCAGCCAUCCCGGGAUCAUGGCGUGGGAUGCUGCAAAAAGCCAACGUCGCGCCUUUGUUUCUAUCAGAUGUGGCAGCCACGAGGACAAUUAUUGAGGUGGUGGAGGAGAGUGUGGAGUUGGUGCGCCGCAACCACCAGCAGCAGCGACCGUCCACCGCGCACAAAGUUUUGUACGAGCGACUGGAGCCGUCCCUCCGCCACGCUGCAGAUCACAAAGUUGACGAUAGUACAUCCAAGGUUCCUCAAGAUAGGACUGCUGCUUCUCCCUCACGUCGGCCUUCUCCGCGCAGACAAGCGGCCUUCAAACAGGCAUCCUCCAAGACUAGUAACUCCAACCGGGCUCUCUUAAACAAGACUUCAUUGCGGCAAGCUGAGCAACAAGGCUUGAUGGAUAGAAGAUCAGCGUCCCACAGAAAUGAUCUUGACAGAGUAGAUGGAAACAGGAGUGUGUACAGUAACACCAUGAAAAGAAGGCCUGUGCCACAAAGUCCCAGCAGGGAGCGAGGAGUCCGCCACACAGAAAGCAGAAAUUAUCGCCAUGACAGGAAGCUCCUUGACAAAGAGGAGAGAGAUAGAAUAGAGAGAGAUUCAGGGAGAAAAUAUAGCCGAUAUAGAGAAUCUCAUCAGGAGAUAGGCAAUAGAGGACAAAAGGGACAGAGCCACAGCAGACGGCCACCAAGAUCAGAUUCCUCUCCUCGGGAAAGACGCUCCACCAGUCUGGAGGCACAUCGCCGCCAUCGCGUCGUCCGCCGUUCCUCGAGUCGAGACCACCAUCCGAGGAACAACGAGCGACGCUUCAGCAGCAGCGAUCUCCACUCUGACCUUCGCAGAGAGGUGUGUCGCCGCAACUUUCACCACGUAGAGAGAGAAUCCUCAGGGGAAGAGAUGCGGCAUCAAAACAGCCACGAGCAUUUAGCUGACAGUCAAGACAACCUGAUCAGAGAGAGUUGUACAGAGUCGUGGACCAGUAUGGACAGGCGCAGCUCAGAUAUUAUUCAGGGGAACUUAGGUCGUUCUCACUUAGUAAAUCGACAAUACUCCCCAAGCCCCAGACGACGAUCUCCUGAGCGGCGAUACUCCUCCCCAACCAGGCCAUCAGAUUACCACCGACGCCGCACUUCCCACAGCCCACAGCGCCGGAUGCAGACUCCUGACGUCAGAAGAAACGAGUCCAAUUCACGUCUGGGUCCUCUGGUGACUUCUGAACAACUAAUGAGUCAGAAACAAAGACUGCGUCCUGUCCGGCCAGCAGGCCUGUCCGAUCUGAGCCACAUUCCCGAAAACUCCCUGAACGACAUUUCUCUGAUCCUUAAGACCGCCAUGACCAAGCGGCGGGACGCGUUUGACGAAGAGCUCAGUGGGCGUGACACUUUCCGUUCUGAGGAUCUAGAGUGGUCUGACUGGCACUGAAAUUGGUCUCACUGAGGAGUUGUAACCUUAUACAAAACACGCAUGGUAUUAUACAGCUACUAUUUACUUAACCAGACUAGAAAUGUUGGGUAUGUGAUGUUAGGCUUUAGCAAAGAGAAUUCUUAGCCUCCUAAAUCUGGUAUUUGCUAUAUAAAAAGAAUUAAUAAAGAGAUCGAUAAAUAAGAAGAAAAAAUGUCAUUAGAAUGGACCCCAUCGAUCAAAAUACAGAAUUGGUGGGUGCUCGCUUACAUGGUCAGAUGCUACAAGUUUUCCAGAGAGAGAGAGAGAGAGAGAAAGAGAUCCAGCUGCCUUAAUGGUUAACGCCUUAAUUCUUUAAUGAUUUACGUUACUCGAGUCAAGACGAUUAUGAAAGAGAGCAGCUCAGCCUGUUCCAGCAGCCUACUGUUGAUGCCACUGCACGCAACGGUUUUGCUCUCGUGUUCAUCUUGACUCAUGGAGACUUUCUCCAUCUGGCAGAAAGCUCUUUGUCAUUGCAUCACUUAUGCAUAAAAUUUUGUAAAUGAGAUUGAUAAAAAUUAAGAAGAAAAAUCGAGCUAUGAUAGAAGUUACGAAAACAAGUGCAAAAUUCUAAUCUCCUCCGAAUGAUGGUGAUGAUGUCUGCGGCAUUUUCAGUGACUCAUCUCUCUCUUUCACUGACACGAGAUUCAUGUGAAGUUAACCAAGCAAGUUCGUAUGUCACUUAAGUAACAUACGAACACUUCAACGUGUGAGGUAGCAAAAAGGAGGGAGUUCUUUAAAUAUUAACAUUUUUUUGUGAAAAAAAAAAAUGCAUCUAAUUUAAACAUAUUUGAGUCCAGUCAUUAUAUUUAACCUUCUCUGACGGUUCACUGACCAGCUACAACAAGAACAAAAAAAGAAAAAAAAAAAACUGCUAACAAUGAGAAAAUGGCAACUUUACUUACUUGACUGCAAUUACAUCCAGCGAUGUGACAUUCGUGUCGGAUGCUUUCCCAGUAAUCUUGUUCAGUAACAUUGUUUAAAGCAGAAUAACGAACAAUCAAGUGCCAGAAGAGUAGUGGGUGGUUAGUGGUGAUAAAGGAUAGCAUGGAAAAAUGGUUGUAUGUAUGUCACCAAUGCCAGAAAAUGCAGAUGGGAAAGAAGAUAAGAUGGUUUAGCUAAAGGAAGGAUGCUUCACCUUACAUAAAUUCACCUUACAAGGUCUAAUUAAUUCAUGAAAAUUAUAAGUAAAAUGUUGGAUGAAUGGAUGUGAUGGCAGAGAUGAAUUAAGAUUUUCCUUUUAACAAAUAACUAGUUUCCAUUUUGUUCCUGUCCACACACUAAUUUCAUAUUUCCUCUCUCUCUCUCUCUCUCUCUCUAGACUCUCUGUCCUUCCAUAUAUUCCUUCUUUGUACAUUUUCAUUUCUUUCACCAUCCAUUGUACUGAAAACAGAUGGAAAUGUAAUUAUGUAGCAUUCAAACAAAACUCUCAAGUUCAAAGUGUUGGAUCCAAGCCCCUCCACCAAUGACAAUGCAGGAAUCCAACUAAGGACAGGAGAGAACAUGGUCAUUUUGUAAGGCAGGUUCCAUGUUUACUUUGAUUAGGUGUAUCCAAUUGCUUGUUAAGCUGCAUCAUUAUAUUCAUCUUGUCAUUUACAUCCUUUGCUUCAUAGGUUCUUCCACAAGACUUGGCUACAUUUAGUACUACAGCUGUCUAAAUGCCAGGAAUUAAUACAAUUUUUGCUCCUCCUAUUUCUCUGUUCUACCUGGAGAGGAAAUUGUUGUAGGCUUAGUGCAGAGUCCUUAUGAACAUAGAUUAUUACUUAAGGCUGUAUUCAACAUGAGCUGUGUGACUGGUGUACUGAUUCCCUGGUGUUUGCACUUGUGUAUAUUUGUAUAUGUACUGAAUGCUACACCACUGUAUAUUUUAAUGCAAUCAAGUUAUGACACUAAGUUUAUUUUGAAAGUACAAGUAGACUUCAGCUACAUGGCUUGCCUACUUUACUCAUUAGUUCUGCACAGUGUUGGUAACCUGCACCUUUGAAAUAAACAUUACUCACUACCUCAAGGGUGUUUUCAUUCUUCCAUAACACACUGACACGCAUCAGAUCCACACAGCAAAAACAUGUAAAACACGUUUCCAUUUUCCCUUGCUGGAUCUCCCCAACACUGGUGGU